AUGGAGACUGCAGCAGCACCGGCAGUACCUCGCACGAAAACAAAAGCCAAGCAACGGUACUUGAAAAAGAAGAAGGAGCGACGGAAGCUCAAGGCGAAAACGAACAAGGCCAGGGGUGUGUCGAGAGAACCUGGCGGUACUCCUGCUCGAGGUGAUUCGAGUGAAGAGGAGAGUGAAGAGGACGUCGAUGCCGUGGUAGAGGACGUCCGACCUGUUGUUUCUUCGCCACCGCCUGAACGUACAGAGGAGCGGCCUUCAAAAAGGAGACGCGUAGAAACAGAGGAACUCGAUCGACCCGUCGCUGAUGUUUUCCAAGUUGACGAAGGUGAAAUUCAACCUGACGAGCCAGAACCGACACAACCACCUGUACCCGAGAAAGAUAUCGACAUCCCUGUUGGAUUCCUUCCCUCCUUCCCCCUCCCAAAACUCCCAAAUGCCCCUUCAAAAGCGACGCUUGCCCUCCAAGGACUGGACCGAAAACUUAUAGAAGCGGAGAUUGUCGACCCUUCGACUGUGCUACCUCUUCCUGGACCCGACGAUGACGACGACGAGACCAAGGAUGGUGACGACAUACGGAUACGACUAGGCUCGAAGACGAGGAAGCGACUAGCAGAGUUGGGGAUUACAGAACUCUUUGCUGUGCAAACGGCGAUAGUCCCCCAUUUGUUGACUGGGAGUUCCAGUGGAGGUGGCCUUUACCGCCCUUACGAUCCUCCAUACGACCUUUGUGUAUCUGCGCCAACGGGAAGUGGAAAGACGCUGGCGUAUGUGUUGCCUAUAGUCGAGACGCUCCAAACGAGGGUUGUAACACGUCUUCGAGCACUUGUGGUGUUACCUACGCGUGACUUGGUUGGUCAAGUACGAGAGACGUUUGAAGCUAUCAGCAAGGGGACUGGGUUGAAGAUUGGUUCGGCUAGCGGGCAGCACUCUUUUGCUCAUGAACAGAGCCAGCUUGUAUACGACAGGACGUCACACCUCGCAGGAGGUUCAAGUAAAGUCGACAUCCUCAUCUGCACUCCCGGAAGAUUAAUGGACCACCUCGUCGGAACUCCCAACUUUUCCCUGCAACACCUCCGCUACCUCGUAAUCGACGAAGCCGACCGACUCCUCGCGCAGUCGUUCCAAGAUUGGCUGGCACAAGUCCUCGCAGCGAUCCGGACGCCGAAAAAGGGGACGUUCCUUGACUCCACCACGGUCGACAACAUCCCUUCUUCAACUUCACCAUAUACUAUCCAACCUAUACCUGACGGCCUAGCACCGAAUACCCUUCAUCAACUCCCGAUACCCGACAUCCCGACCUUCUUGAACGAAGACCGCGCCUCGAGCUGUCAAAAACUGCUGUUCUCGGCCACGUUGACCCGGGAUCCAGGAAAGAUUGCUGCACUAGACCUUCGCGAUCCGAGGUAUAUCAUUGUGCAGAGUGGGAAGGACCAGUCUGUCGAGGAGAACGUCACGCAGGUGGUAUUGGAGAAGUUUGCUGUACCCGAUACGCUUAGAGAGCACAUGAUUGUCGUCAAUCCGUCGAAGAAACCGCUUAUCAUGUUCCACCUUGUGUAUUCUCAUCAAGUCACGAAUGCUUUGGUCUUCACGAAAUCAGCGGAAUCGACGACGAGGCUGUUGCGCCUGUUCGAAUUCUUUGAAGAGGCUCGAAUGGCAGCUGGCGGCGAAGAUACUUCUAGCCGCAUCGUGGCCAGAGCGUAUUCAAGUGACUCACCGCCGAGUGAACGUAAAUCGAUUUUGGAGGAUUUCAAAGCCCAGAAGAUCCACAUUCUGAUCUGCUCCGACUUGAUUUCUCGAGGAAUCGAUAUCAGCCACGUUAACCACGUCGUUAGUUACGAUGCUCCAGUAGAUAUCCGAAAAUAUGUCCACCGAGUUGGACGUACUGCUCGAGCUGGAAGGGAGGGUGAUGCUUGGACAUUGGUAGAAGAGCAGGAGGCACAUUACUUCAAAAAGAUGAUGAAAGAAGCAGACCACCUUGAUAGUGUCAAGAGACUUCGGGUAGCGGAGACAGCGACAGCCCCGUUGGAGCCAUUCUACGAGGCGGCCCUCGGAAAAUUAAAAGAAGUGUAUUCCAGGUGA